UGCAUCCGCACCAGAUCACGAGUGGGAACGCCAUGCUCAACAACCCUUGCAAUCGCUACCCAGGUUAGAUCAAAUAUAUCUUUGAACCUCCUCUUUUGAUUUCACUUGGUAAGUACGCCUCAUAUUAGAAGGUGUCACUGGUUGAAGCGUUGUCAAACUCCGAUUAUCUGUGGCAUCUUCACUACAAAUAGAUCGAACAUCCAAAAAGAAUAGCGAAAAGGCUUCGUAACUAAAUCCGUGAUUGAAAGUCACGGGGUUAACACCUUAUUAACAACCCGAGCAAUAACAAUUGACAUAUUCGGACACAAUGAGAUUCUGAGAGGGUUGCUUAAACAGCCAGAGAAAUUAAAGGUUACAAUCUUGCACUUCUCAGAAUUAUAAUCUUUAUAAUCUCGGAAGCACCUGGAGAAAAUCCGAUGGCACAAACUUCAAGAUGGUAACUGUAGCAACUCUGCAGGUUUUAUCCCUCUAAAUUAGAAUUAUUUUAAAUGCAUAGACUUCGAAUCUUCUGGAAAGUUGUCUCGAGCUUCAGACGUUAUUUAAUUGUAGGAACGAUGUUCUUGCUUCACCAAUUUGUGCUUUGGAUUUGCAUUACUUCUUCCAUGUUUAUCAGUAUUGCUAACUAGGUACGUAAAGGCUUCCACCGUUUCGAGAGCUUAACCGUGGAGUGUGAUUUUGUUCAUACUCACUCAUUCGUGUUUGAGGGUUUCAGUUAUUCUUCCAUAAACGCGGAGGUCUGUUGCCGCGAAAGCUGCCGUUGUACCGUGUAUUUUCAUCUGCAUUUUAUACUGUAUAUGAGCAGCUGGGCUGUCAUGAGAAAAGUCCAAACUAUCCAACUGUCCAUGGCGUUUACUUCAACCCGUACGUCCCCCAAAAUGUAGAGGUCUUAACCAUGCAGUCGACAGCAAAAAAAGCGGAAUGAUAGCAUGCAGCAUUAGUUGACACCGGUCCCCAACUGAAAUCCAUCUGUGAGCUGCUCACCAUUCAUAUCUUUGCGGUGCAGUCACUCCAACAAAUUCUACAUCAAAAUGAUUUCAGGUAUCUCUUGAUAUCAAAUAUCCCAAAAUCAUUUAAAUAUUCACUUUGUCAAAAGGUGUUGAGUUGCAAGCGAUCGAAUUUAAGUGGUUUUCAUUGUAGAAAUUAUUUGGGUACAUGAUCAAUUUUUACGAAAGUUAGAUCGUCUGUCUCUAAGAUUGGCAUCUAUCGAAUCUUUAAUUCUGUUUGAUAAUAGUCGGUCGAUUACUGACAAUGGUGUUUUGUCUACGCAAGAUACUCAACAUCCAUUGACCGGAUACCAUCAGCAACACCCUUCUGUGGGAGAGAACAAACCAGCUUCCAGAUAAAGAGGAAAUUAGGAAAAGACGAUGGAAAUGGAUAGCAUAUAGAUUGCGCAAGUUUUCAAACUGCAUCAUGAGGCAAGCCCUAACUUGGAAUCCUGAAGAGAAGCGGAAAAGAUGAAGGUCAAAGAACUCAUUACGUCGGGAUAUCGAAGCAGUUAUAAAAAGGAUGAAUAACAACUGGAUUGAGCUGGAAAGGAUUGUCGUGGACAGGAUUGGAUGCAGUGUGCUGGUGGGCGGCCUAUGCUCCUUCACGAGGAGUAACAGGCGUAAUUAGGUAAGUUUUCCAGUUUCAGAUUUGGUUUGGCCGUCAUCAAGUUAUGAUCUGUAGGUCUAUAGGUUUCUCUUCUCGUUCUUACGUCUUCGAAGGAGCUUCUGAACUCUUUACUGAUGUAUGUUUGAUAAAUUUUGUUUUCUGUAGUGCUGUCAGUCAGAUCCCAAUUAUUUCUGUGUAUGGGCUUGUGGGGAAAGAAGUUAACAGUUCUACUCAUUAAGAUAUCACAAGUGUAUUAUUUUUAUUAGCACCGAUACACUUAGUGCUCAGUUUAUUUGAAGUUAUCGAGUCUAACAUUGGUAAUGUCACCUUUGUUUGUUUGUCUUGAAAUAAGCUGUGAUGGUUGCGGAGACGUUGUUUUCCCGUCUUCAGACCACUUUAUUGCGUCAUUGAGGGGGGGAAGGGUCAGUGGAGUUUUUUGUGCAUGUAGGGUAUUUCACCCCUCUCACAUUGUACUUGCGUUCCAUGUACCUAAAUUAAUGGUUGCCCUGGUUGUCAAAAGAGGCAUCAACAUCGUGACUUCCGAACAAACUUGUCUUUCACCACGAGGCGUCAUAACUCUUCUAAAUAGAGACCUAAGUUUCGUGGUAGAGUUUAAAUGGUUUGAAUCAUUUUUUCUGGUUGGCGUCUUUAAAGCGAGUUAAUUUUCUACGGGGUAGGGUCUCUAACCCCAUGACCAACCCUCCUCCUUUAUCCGGGCUUGGGACCGGCAUUAGAUCCAGAGGGGCUUCAGGCGGAAGGAUUUAGGAAGAAGCGCUAAAAGUGGAUGGGCCAUACAUUGGAGAAAGCAAUCAUCUGCGCCACAAGACAAGCCGUCACAUGGAAUCCUCAAGGCCAAAGGAAAAGAGGAAGACCAAAGAACACAUUACGCCGGGAAAUGGAGAUAGACAUGAGAAAAAUGAACAAGAAUUGGAUGGAACUAGGAGAGAAGGCCCGGGACAGAGUGGGUUGCAGAAUGCUGGUCGGCGGCCUAUGUUCUGUCGGGAGCAACAGGCGUAAGUAAGUAAGCGUAUUUUUCUCCUGAUGACCAGAAUAAAAUGGGUCUCGUGAAGUUUAUGUUAUCUGUCCAGAAAGUGUCCAGUGAGUUCCACUUGUUGUGAGACAAGUGGACUUGUAUCUUAUGGUUUCUUUGGGUAUUCGAAUGGUCUUCCCGGUCUUCUAUAAUGUCCGAACAUUUCAUGUACGUUCAGUAAUUGUAUCUGUAAUAAUUGUUUCGCCGGUUGUCAGAAGGAGAGUCGACCUCGUGACGUUUGAAGAUUCUUUUCUCCCAUUUACAGGUAUCACAUUAGCUGUACUUUAAAUUCCCUCUGCUAUGGAAGGUUUCAGCAAUUUCACUUAUAUUUCUUUGGCUGUCAAUCUAGUUGCAUUGUUUUUGUAUUUUAGUUAUGCUUGUCAACCCUAAGCUUAACAGGCUUCGUUUACACGAUUUCAGGUUGGCGAUGCAAAAUUUUAUUGAUAUUUUUUACUUUUAUCCUAAAUCUACCGCGCUAAUCUGGACUAGACUCUAAAAAGAUUUCGGCCACUCAUAUCAGGUCUCGCUUUGUCUGGUAUGCUUUCACCUUUAAAAUUUCUAAGACCUCGGUAAUGGCUUCAAAGGAAUAACAGAUAAAACUAGACGAUUUUAUGGUUAUCCAGGUUUCAACGUUAUUAGGGUUUUACGCACCAACAGGAGUCGUUAAGUACACUAGAUUUACUUUCCUCUUGUCACAUGACAUCCAUGUUGUUUUACCUAGCGCUAUAUCCAUUAGUUUAUUUAAUACUAGUGGAUCUGCCAGCUACUUUCUACUUUUCCUCAUUCAUCUAGUUUUAGUCAUACAAUAUUCACUCCAAUUAAACAAAUGACUACCACGUGACUUAUUUGUUGCCUGUUUUAGUAAGGUUAUUCAAAUGGGUCAAAUGGUUGUGGACGGAAUGGAAGAAGCUUUCGCUUAACGGACUUCCAGAAUCUACUAACGUUCAAACAAUCGUCAAGAUCAUUAGGGUUAUGACAAAAAAUGGCUGAACCUCUAUGAAUGGGUCUAGAACAGCUCACUGACGUCGAAACUUGAACAGGAAAAUACCACUUGAAUCUUAACAAUCCAAUAAAAGAUAUUAAUUUUAGAAAUCAAAGUGCUACCAAGUCCCGUUUCGUGCUAGUGUUUUCGCAUGUCCUUAUAUAGUAAACGAUGAGGGAGAUACUUCGCAUAAGUCUAGAGGAACAACGAAUAAGCUGCUUUUAUCUAACACAUCCGUUUGUUUGUACCGUGACCUUGGGGGAUUGACGCGGGUCAGCCACUUAUGACUCUCAUAUCGGGUCAAAUUGCUUGCUUCUGGCUUCGGUUCUAAGAUUAUCUUGAUCUGAGACGUUUUAUUUCUGGUUGCUGUCUACUGCUUUUUGUAGUAGAUGUAAGUACGUUGUGUGUGGUUGCUGGGUAUUCGACUCGCCUAUUUCUUCGUUUACAGUACUCACGCUACUGUGCCUCCUCCCCUAGUACACAAAGUACCUUUUGGCUGGAUGCAUAUCGCUACGUACUUGGCGAGCUUGCCAAGAUGACAAGAAUAUGAAGUAAUGUGGACUUAGACGUGGUUCUAAUUAGGCUACCACGAGUAUUGGGACAGUGCUUUGUCAAAAGGGCGAGCUUUAAAUCUACAGUUGUAACGGGUUAAACUAUCUGUUUCUAGUUUCGGUCCUCAGAUUGUCGUAAUAUAAGGCUUGUGCUAUUGCUGAUUUUUGUCUUUUGUUCUUCGUAUUAAAUGUAAGUACAUUGCGUAUGCUGAGUCGUUGACUCAACUUUUUCUUUUGUUCUCUUUUACAGUCCUCACACUGCCUGCUCUCCCCUAGUACACAAAGUACCUUUUGGUGAGACGCAAACCGCUCCAAUUAGUAAAGGAAUUGACUUUUCGUCCCGUUUUUCUUUGCUGGAAAGCUUAUUGCAUUUACCAACUUGAUUUCCAGAGUUUUCUGUCUACGCAUUUAAACUGUUAGGUCUUGACAUCAUCUUGCUGAAUUAACCCUUGCUUCUUUAAACCUACAUACACAGUGCUUAACUGUUUCUAAUCACAAAGUAUUCACAGGUUAAGCGUAAAUAUUCUAGCACUUAAGGGUCACAGUACAAUUCUCAUAUUUUGUGUACUUGUAAGGUGCAUUGGACAGCAUCUAGUCCUCGUGGAGCCGAAAGUAAUUUAAUGAGAAACGUAAGUGGUUAGGUUUACUCUUUUUUACACUUUCGUUUAAAAGAUUUUAAAAGCGGUCAUUAAGCUAUAUUGAGACAUACUAAGUGUGGUAGUUAGAUGUUCGUCAUAUUUAGAUAAUUCGUUAAGGUUAAUUAUCAGGGGUUUAGUAUGCUUAGUCUAGGUUUCUGUUGAGCCGGCUUAUACAUAAAGUAUGUGCCAGUAUGCUUCAAAUGGGUGCGAAUGGAAUAAAGCAGUUUUUCGUUUCAUGGGUUGUGUCUUGUUCCUUUGUAUCAAUCAACCACCUAUGCCUCCGGAUAGGAACCUUGAUAUGUAAAAACCAAAAAUGUGAAGGGCUUUCUAAAAUCAACUUAUGGUGUUAUGCUGUGUUGUCGGAAUUUAUUCCUAAAGUGGUUGGGGACAGGUUGCUUGGACCACUUCAGAUGAUAGAAAGUUCCAAAAUUUUGAGUUUUGUGGUGUGGUGGACACGUUCAAAGGAUUUUUAGAAACGAAAAUAUUUCAUUUGGCUAACUCUUACAACAUGAGUACUGAUCCAGUUAUAUCUUGCUGUUAACAGAUUGGUGAUACAGGAGUGACUUCUUGAAACCAUGCCGUUGAGGUACAAUGAAGUUUGUCGAUAAUUAAUCAUGUGUUCACAUCAAACACCAAAAGUCUAGAGGUGGCAACUCAUACCAAUGUAAAUACGUACCGAGUUCUACGUUGUCACUUAUUUACUAAAUCUCGUUACAUAUUUAAAAAGACUGGUUGGCUUUUGUCACUUAUGGCGUAGACAGAUGUCCAUCUAUCAGUCAAUGUGUGUACUGUAGUCGCAGUCUACUUGCGUAGAGUUUGGUUAUAAAAGCUACGGAAGGCCAAACCAAGACAUAGUAUUAGUCCUUAAAGUCAGUGUUUGAUGUCCUAGGCCAUCGGCGGAUGCAGAUUACUUGGUUGUUCGCCCGAUAACCUUGAUCGGUUGUUAGGGACUUUAUGUACCAUGGCUCGAGAUCAGUCCCAAUGGUGUGGGUUCAUCCAUUCACAAUCAACCUUCACUUCGAUUUCGAAUUCUAAUAUUCCUUUAUACAUACCUUCCUACCAUCAUUUCGAACUAUAUCUCAAAUGUUUAGGAGUCCUCUAUAUCAUAGCUGCUACACUAUCUCAAUAUGUUUUGCAAUUCAUCUUGUUAAUUUUACCUCAUCCUGGCAACAUAGUAUGUAAACUUGAGCCGGCGCACAUAUUUGCUAGACUCUACGUUGAUGAUGAUUAACUAUCACUUACGACAGGUUUGAAAAUCAGUUUAUUUUCAAUGAUUUGGCGAAUAUUGUAAGGGCUGAAUAUGUUAGUCUAUAAUGGUCUAACACUAAGCGUUAUGCUAAUGUAAAAACCUCAGAUCCAAAUUGCAGCUGCUUUCAUCAAUCUUACCCAAAACCAAAUUACUGUAUAUCUCAUUCUCUUCACUUAUAGGGUACGUUCUCAGCCAAAACUUUAAUUUACUGACGGGUAGAAUUAAUGGGAGAUUCAAAAUAACCAUUAGCGACCGAGAUUUAGUAAGUAUAAUAUAACUUACCGAGCACAAGUUUAUGUGCUCGGCGCUGGGCCACAUAGUAAGGACUAGUGAUACCAUUCUGUUUCCAAGCCCGUUUUGUAAAACAUGAGACAUGAUUGAAAGGCAGGUGCUUUAGCUAAUUAACUGGCGCUCCUCAGAUUGCGGUUUUAUGCUUUUGGGGUUAAGAUUCAUUGUCUGCAUAACGCGUCUUGGUUAUCUUAUUCGACCAUAUCAGUCUUAAACAGCGUAAGAUUUCAUCCUUCAUAGUAUGGGGAAGGGAAACUAACGUGACUGACAAAACAUUUGGGAUAAGAAUAUCAAGAAUGGUAAAAAUAAGACAGUAUAGAGUGGUAAAAUAAAAAGUACGAUAUACUAUUAAAGAUAAAGAUUUAUUACUAGCGGUCACCAUCUCCAAAUUACUUUCCCCCGCAUACGUGUGCUUUAAAGGCCUUGGUUAACUUAUUUCCAUCAGUAUGUUAUUGAUAAAUUCCAACUCCUUCAUGGUAUUUUCUGGGUAGAUCGUUUUUGUUUUGUUUGUAAGAUAUCUGACCAGAUUCCUUUUGUAGCGCACCGGCGUGAAACUAUAGAAGUGUGUGUAGUGGCAAAGAAAGGAGCCCUUCGUAUGCACGAUUUUGCUUAACGAGCCCCUCAACCCGUCUACUUAGUGAAAUGUCAAAGAAAUUUAGUCUAUUGUCAAGCUCGUUCGGGUUUAGAAAUGAGCCAAUAGCUAUUCCGUCAAUUUGUCCAUAAUAAUUAUCGUUGAAGAUAGAAUGGACGCUCAUCGUAUACCUUAAGAGUAAUUCCUUGAGUCUAUCCUCACAAAAGCCAAUGUCGACUUAUUUUUUAUAUUUAUGUACAUAUAAACUCGAUUGUCUCGACUAACUGUACAUUGGUGAGUAAAGAUACAAAAUCUAGUAAGAUGAUGUACUUUAUACUUACAUUCAUGUCUACCAGGCUGUAGAUGAAAUCCAAAACAUCCUUGACUCUUCCUACGACUGAUGUAUACCGUAAAGGAGUUGGGAUUUAUUAGUAACAUACUGAUGGAAAUAAGCUACCCGAGUUCGCUGGUAUAACGUUAAAAUCCCAACCCGAUUUACUUUUAUUCAUUAGAAUAAUUUCGUAAUCAUUUAUGGGGAAAUGACGUUCAUAUAAGUUAAUAGCAAUCAAUAUCUUACAGUUCUGGAGAAUACUGGGUAGAUUAGAUUUAAACUGAUGGCCAAUUAGUUGUAAACCAAACUCUGGGAAGUGUGGUACUUUUACGUAUAGUUGUAAGCGUAUAUACAAUGUCGUUAGCUUCAUUAAUUUACUUACCAUCUUUGGUGUUGAAAAUCAACAAACUGUUUUCAAACAAAUUGCGAAAUAAAAUUUAAUGCUUUAUUCAUUCGGUGUAAGCUUAUAAUAAUUUAUGUUGCGUUACUGCUUCUGGACUACUGUGGUGGUUGUGAUUUCAUAUUUAUCAGAGUAUAUUUUAUUCGUGUUUCCUCCCAGGUUGUCAUUUCUUUGAAUUUAUUCUUGAAAAAGCCUUUUUACCAACCAACUUACGGAAAACUACUUCGAGUUGCUUGUAAACGGCGGAUUCAUGGAUUCACUGAUGGGCUUGAAAAUAUUAUCGAAACAAAAGUUUCUGAAACUGAUGUUAGUAAACGCAUAUCUGGUCAAGAGUUGACGUACAAAGGGAAAAAUGAGCGUGUCAUAUUUUCAGCCAAUCAAGUAAUUCUUACUUUACACGGUUGUAUUUUAUCAUUUAUCCUCCAACAGUGCUCAAAUAAUUAUCUAUUUCUUAAUUGUUUUUAAGUAUUAGUGAUUUUGGGAUGUUCACGUUGGUUUAAACUAUUAUUAGUCGUUAUGAGAUCACUUGAAUAGCUAGUUUUCUAAACCAUUUGCCUUCAUAUCUAUAGUCGCUCUUAAAACAUUUUUAUGAUUGCAUAUGCUUAUACAAAGUUAUGUGCUAUCAAACAGUUGUAUGCGUUGUUGAGUUCAUUUUUCUCAGCUGAAAAUGUAGUGGUCAUAAAUCCGUCCAAUUACCAGGUGAUCUAAAACUGCAUUUGACUUUUAAGUUUAGUUGGCACUUAAUAAUAAGCUACGUUCUACCUCAUACUUAAUCAUUAUGGAAUAUUGUUGUGUUUUCAUGGUAUGCUGUCGUCAUCAAUUUUUUUACAGUGUUUAUCUAUUUAGUAAAUCAAAAUCCUAAUCAUGUUCAAAUUCGUAGGUUUACUAGUUUAUCUUGCCAGUGUUCAUUCAUAAUGCCAAAUCCAUAUUGUCAUUUAUUCCCAGUACUAGUAAAUAAACUGCAAGAUUUUUAUGUUCUUAUUGCUUUCGAUUUCAUAUUUAUUUGUGUCAUACUUGUGUUUGCUGUAUCACCAGCUUUUGUUAAUGAAAUUAGGUUAGUGUCAAUCGCCCGGUCGAAGAUAGGUGGAUGGCUUCUCAUUUUGGUGAAGGGGAUUUUAGUUCUCUUACUCUCAGCGAUCACAAACAAUCGAACGAUGAGAAAUCGGUUUAUGGUGGUACAAUAUUUACAGUUGUUGAUGGGCAUGGUGGACAUGCUUGUGCUCAUGCAGUCAAUUUGCUACACAGUGAUUACAUAAUUUCUGGUCUUCUACCUCCAAAAGUUUCUGAAGUUGCUUUACGAAAUCUCCACCAAAUUAAGGAGUUACGUACUCCGCGUUCAAUUUGUGAGUUGGCGGUCACAUUGUGGAUGACUUCUGGUGCAGUGGUUACCGGGGAAUCUGAACGUAUCGAGUUCGGUUUGAAAGCGGAUAUAAAUUCCAGAUUUCCCAAUCCUAAUCUGACUUCUAUGCAUAGUCAGCCUAGUGUUAGCUGGGGGCCUUGGGGUCCCUGGGGCCCUCUACCGUUAUCUGUUCGUGAUGCACAUACUGGACAUAUCAGUAAAUUUCUUGAAGAAUUACUGUCAACCUGUGAUGAAAGGGGUAGGUCGCACAGUUUGGAUGCUUAACUUACACAAUUUAAGUUUUUUCAGCUUUUAUAUUUUUUUGGAUUUAUUUAGAUUUCAUGCGGAUUAUUUGAAUAAUAAUUUAUAUAAUUGAUUAGUUCCAUCACCUUCAAUUCUCUUUUUGGUGGUAGAGAAGCAGUCCGUGAUUGUUUUUGAUAUUUUUAUGUAAUUUUAUUAAUCAUAUCCGAUAGCCUUUCAGUCUGGUUCAAUAUCCAAUCCAUUUGUACUGUUGUUUUACAUUGGUAAUUUCCUAUCGAUAUGUUGGUGUUAGUUGUGUAGCAUCUUAAAACAAAAAAAAACAUUUGUGUCAGGUUUUAUGCUGUUUAUGUUAAUUUGUCUGAAGAUUUUCGGGAUAGACCUUUCAACAAAAUGAUAGUUGUAAGGUUUGAGGGUCACAAAAGUAGGUUUGUUAACAAAACUUAACAGUAUUUCUAACAGUCCAGGCUUCAUGUAUAUUUUUAUGUUUAUGCUUUGUCACUGUUUAAAUCUCUGAUUAAAAACGUUUACAAGGUGUCGAAUUAGUGCAGCAGUGUUCACACUACGGAAAACGGGGUAUAUAUCAACAUCCCUUCCCGCUUUUCUUAGGCUUUGAGGGUAAUUGUUUUGUUUUUGUAUUGCCGAACAUUAGGUCAUAGGGGUAUAUAAAAUCUGAAUUAUUUGCAUUAAUUACAUUAGUUCACUGAAGUUCCUAUCAAAACAUAGGAUUCAACUUUAGUUUCAUCUUGUAUUUUUCAUUCUCGGACCAUCCAUUUAUUCAUAUCCAUAUGUUUGUAAACUUUUCAUCGUAGCAUGCAUUUGCUUGACUAAUUAUUUUUUAAUACUACAUACUAUUAUCCAUUUGUUAAUACGAAAGAAAUCAUUGGGCCAUUUAACUAGUACAAUUACUGGAUCUUUUUUAAUUCCAAAGUGAGUAUGUAUAUUUGCAUCUCUUCAUCGUCAUAUUCUGUGUACACUGAUGUAGUACAAAAGACGUAUCAUGAGAAUGUAUUGCCUUUUAGACCGUAUGCUUAGAGGUGCAUGGCCGUCUAAGGACCUUGAAACGAAUGCGUUAAUUAGUUCCAUCCUCAUCAUGUUCCUCUAAGUAGCUUCUUGUUGAUUGUUUUUUCUAACAGCUCUUUUUGCUUAGUGAUUUACUGAUUGAUUCGCAGUCGAUUAGCAGAAUGGUUGACUAAAUCAAAGUUUUUUCUUACAUGAGGGGUGAAGUAGUUUAGUCAGUUAUAGAUUGCCAAUUCGAACCUUCUUCCUCAACUGUGUUAACUGGGAGUUGAAUAAGUUAUCAAAGUCGAUAAUACCUUCAGAGUCAGACGGUAAUCAGGGGUUUAAAAUAUAAUUGAGCUUAGACUGUAGACAAGUCAAAUUAUCAUCGUCGUUUAGGCGGCAUAUUCAGUAUUUUAUGCGUUUAUUUUCAUAAGCUGUUUUUCAAAGCAAAUCGUGAUACAUUUUAUUAAUGAAUAAUUAGCUUCGCGGAAUUUUAUAUAUUUGAAGCGUUAUGGUUUUCGUAAUAUUUUAAAAAUUUUCACUUCAGAGUUUUUCUUCAGUGAUAAUAGUGAGGGUGAUAUGAUUGAUCCAGAUGGGUUCAUUACUGCUCCAUUAAAUACGAUUAAGGAAACUGUCAUGAAAUACUCCGAGCCUUCGUCUUCGUUAAGGCGAUCAGAAGAUCCCACUUUGUCCUCAGGUUUGUUAGCUAAGUUUAAUCUUCAUUCUUUUGAUUCAGACUUCGAUCAGUCUGUUGAUGAUUUGCGCAACUAUGUAGCGGCUACUGCUUGGGCCCUGAGGAACGGUCUUCUUCGAAUGGAUCUGGAUAUGUCCUUGGCAGCAUGCCCUACUUUCCAUGGUCCUGUGUUAGAUAAAGCUUUAUUACGUGUUGUGUUUGCUGGUUGUGUAGCAACCUCGGUCUAUAUACCUCGACAUCGAAAAGAAAUUUUUGCUGCUCAGGUGAGUUAAAAGUUGCUAUACUAAAUUUUUAAGUAUGCAGAGUUUUCUGACCCAUAAAAGUCGUUUCCUUGGUACUGGGAGGGGGGUCUUAAUCAUUGUAAUUAUAUUUAAGGACAUACUUUUGCUGCCGAAGAUAUAUUUUGACAAAUCUGGUGUUAGGAAUUUUGGGUAUAUCCAUUUGGUAACAAAAGAGAUCUUGACUUUGUCUUACCAAAAUAAGUGAUCGGGUUUUUCCCUCAGUACAUUAAUUGUUCUGUAAUUAAUCUCUGGUUUUAUGCAUAUAUAAGACAAAAUGUAGUCUGUUUUUUUUAAUAAGUUUUACGGUGAUAUCACGCACUAUAAUAUCCGUUUGCCAACUACUGAAAACUGAACGUAGUAACCCAUUCAGAAAGAGUCUGGAAAAAUUAUACUACAAACUGUACUAUAGCCAGACUUCAUUAAAUUUUCUGAAAUCUUCACGGUAACAAAUAAAGCAUCUAAAUUUUUAAAUUAUUUUGUCGAAUUUUUCAUAAAGAAAUAAUAUACCUAUCAAAUCGAGACAGAUGAUUAGAAGUUGUUCAUCGCUGGGUUAGAAGACAAAAACUAACGUCUUAUUCUCUAUGAAUACAUGACAAAUUAUUUAGCCUUCUGACCGCCACAAACGUGUUAAUGACAGUAAGCUUUACUAACUUUUUCUAGUUAACCAUUUUGUGGCGGUUAAUAUUUCAGUUAUUAUUCUUAAAAAAAUGUACAUAGAAGACAGUUAUUUUUUAAUAACAUAAACAUAGAAAUGUAAUUUGUAGGAUGUAUGAGUCCUUUCCAUUUUGUUGUGGUAAUAUGAGUAUGAUAGUAGGCGUCAAGUUUACAUGUGUGGAUAAUCAGAAAAAAUUAAUAUAUCAAUCGUUUUUCGUCUUUUAGUAAUCUGUUUGCAUCAUUGAUUUACACUUUAUUUAUUUAAACACAUUAGCAUUGGUACAAGGAGGCACCAAAUAGAUAUGCACCACAUAGAUCAUUCGAUUUUUGUGAGGGCUGAGAUACUGCUAGGAUGUUCAGACCGAAGCAGGUGGUUUUCUUAGGGGGCCACACCCGGAGCCUUUAACCUAAAGGUCUGAUCCACAAGGCAGUGGAGCAACGUCAGGAGAUGCAGUUCCAUGGUAGCCGGUGACCAACGACUGGUUCAUACGCCAUUUAUUCCUUCAGGAUACUGGAGCACAUGUGUACCAUUGGUUUGGAAUCAGGGUUUUUCAACUCCCCUAGGUGGAUCCUACAUAUCCACCACCCGGUUAAAGCGCCGGACAUUCGCUUUUCGUCCUCUCAAUUUCGUAAAAACACUCCCUCCAUGAGAAGGCAUUACACUUAGGAAAUUCCGAUUUCCAUGGAUGAAGCCCCCUCAACAACUGAUCUGAUUUAUGUGCCGGAUAUGCAUGUUUUGUUCUUUUGCUUUAAUGGAAAACUCCAGUACGGGAAAUAACUCUGGCUAAAAUCAUUAGUAAUGGUCCUUAUUAGAGCGUAUUUAUGGAUAGAAUAUUUAUUCGUACUAGAUGCACAGAGGUUAUCUUGUAGCACUCAGUAUCUUAUUUUGUAAGUAGAGAGACAACUUUAGUCAAGAAAGUUGUAUGAUAUGUUCCUCUUUUACAGUGGAUGCAAAAUCUGCUACAUCCCUCUAUGAUCUGACUUAAAAAAUAUGAUUACAGAAAGUUUAGUUCUACAUAACAUUCCACACUAAAAUUUGUUUUGCAGCAUUUACCCAUUGUGAGACGUGGUAGUAACGUUGCUCACUAAAAAAGAACCUUGUUUUUCAAAACGUUACAAUAUCGAUCACCGAUAUUUUUGUGCAGUCCUGCUAUCAAGACAGCUUACUAUUAGAUGUGUUUAUUUUAGAAUUAGAAGAAAAACAAUAUUGUAAAAUUAUACUCUCAGGGAUUCAUGUAGAAAUAUUUAGUUUUUACUCUUCUGACAAAAAUAUACGUCUAACUUUCAUUCACUGCACUAAUAGGCCAUUGUAAGUUUGUGUCAUAUCUACUUAUCUACAGCGAACCGGUUAUAAUUGUCUGCUGUUUUUUUGCUGAAUGCAUUUAUGUAUUGGUUCUAUGGUUAAUGGAAAUAUGUUAGCCAAAUAUAGUUAGCAAUUUACGAUUCGUUAUCAAUCAUUAUGGACUGAAGUUUAUUGUUAAGUCGUGUAUUCUCGGAUUAUAAUUAGACCAUUUAGUUCAACAUUUUCCAGGGUUUGUCUUUCUGACCAAAGUAGUUUCGUGUACUCGGCUAUGAAGUAUGCUUUGAAGGUUAGCGAUACUACUCGGCUGCCCAAACCGACGUGGAUCGGGGUCCAAAGUUUCUAUAUAAUAUUUGAAAGGGGGACGGGUUUAUUACCAAACCAGCGCGACACUCCUGACCAUAGCUUUUUCUAGUUGUUGCGUUUUUCUGUCCUAUUGAGUUUGGUUAUCUAUACAUUCUAUUUGCAUUUGGUUGCUAACUCAACUUCAAAAAGCUUCCUAUAAGUUAACUUAUGAUAGAUUUCUCUACCUCUUUUCUCAUUUUUAUUAUUCAGAAAUGAGAAAAUCUACUGCAUUUAUCAAGCUGUUUAGAAAACCAAAUAAAUGGAACAAUAACCAAAAUAUAAUAAAGAUCAAAAGUGGUCCAAUAAGCUUUCUUAUUAAGUUGAAUUAGGUAACAGUCGGACAGUUGAUAAUGUAGAAAUAAACAUAAACAUCGCAAGAGAAUUUAAUACUAAUCUACUAAAAUAUUGUCAGCAGACCAUUAAAAAUAAGGCCGAAUUAAGAUAAGAAAAGGGUUUAAAAACUUGAAUUUUUCUAUACGUCACAGUGGAUUAGUGGUUAAGGUACUCAGGGUUGAGAGUUGUGUAAUAUCACUAGUCUUCACGAGAGCGGUAUGACUCAAAAAUGAGUCAAAAGUGGUCCAUUCGAACCACUCUAGUUUUAUUUUUGCAUUCAACCACUUUUACGAUAUUCAAGUGACCUAUACCAACUUUCCCAUAGGUUUCUUUGUAUUCACCGUAAGUGGGAUCCUAUGUCUGUAAUCUGUUCACUAUCGUAAGUUUGCUUGAAUCCUCGUUCUCCAAUUUAUUUUGGACUUUUACACCAUCACGCUAACUAAUGGUACUUGAUGUGCUGAUCAGGUGAUUUCAUUACUCUCCCAAUACAAAAAGUUUCACAUCUACAGUUCAAUUUAUAAAUUCCUAAUUUGAUGUGAUUAAUCAUUUUUGGUUAUUGUAAUGAACAUAUUGCCCAAAUCUAGCGUCUGAUGCAAAUUUGAAGAGAAUGUCUAGCGGUUCUGUCAAAUUCUCCACAGAACAUAACGUAAUUCUCAGAAAACACCACUUAAUAAUUUUUAGUGUUAUUUCUACAACCGUUUGUUAUCCUGUGAAGCGUUAUUACUUUGCUGUUAGUCAUCUCAAAUGUAUGACCUUGAACAUGUCAAAAAAAAUAAAUGUUCAAAAUAUGAAC